AUGGAUUCAGAGGCCGAUCCUGGGCCUGGUUAUAUGCUCGUCCCCUGGUCCAGCUGGGACCAGUGGAACUUCGUCAGGGAGUCCCUCUUCUCUCCUUCACACGACUCCGUCACAGCUGCACUCAGAAGAGUAAGAUGGCCUAAUCACGAAUGUUCAUAGAAAUGUUAUCUCCGAUUGAUUGGAGACGACGGGAUAUAAUCUGGGAAUCUGUUUUUUAUUUGGUUCAGAUAACUGCGUGGAAGAGUAGAGGAUGUCUUCCUGUUGCGGUCGAAGUAACAGCGAGAAUUGUUGAGAUCCAACAUAUGGAUCCAUUUUUCUUCGGGUACCAAAGCCUUACAUAGUUAUGGGGCUUGAUUAUAUGCGAUAAUUUUCAUUCUAAAUAGUUAUAAGGUAACACGUCAGUUCAUUGACCGAAUUGGAUAUAUGAUGAAUUAUUCUUGGUGUAGGAAGGAGGUUGCGAGCCAGACUAUGAACUCCGAGGACAUUCUCGCUUUGCUUUACAGUAUCACACUCACAAGGUAAGUAGAAGAAGCUCUCAGCUCAGCUGUGGUAGAGCGCAUAUUGUGUCUACAGAAUCGUCAGAAUGGUUAUUUGCACACUCCUGCACCAUUCUUCUCCGAGACGAAAUUACUCGGCAGACUGUUUAUUUGCACACCCGUUCUUCCUAUAGACGAAAUUACUCUCAGCUCAGAAUGGUUCUGCAGACUGUUCUAGUUUUGUGCAUAGAUUAUAGUACAAUUGAGAAUGGCUCCAUGAGACCCUGGUGGGAUCUCACUGGUAUGUUCUUUAGACGAUAUCUAAUUUUUUUUUGGAAUAAAGCCAUAUGAAUGUUGAGAAAUGUCCAAAAAGGAAAAUUUUCACCGGUUUUCACAGCUUUUCUGAUAAAAAAUUCCCGUUACACGUUCCCCCAUCUGUGCCCUUUUCAAUGUUUCUAAUAGAUAGAAAUAGCUUCAUGAUGUACAUUAUGAUGGUGCUUAGCCAUUGGACAUCUAUUCUUAUUCAAGGCAAUGAGUUUAAGGUGCAGAUCUUCUCUACUCUUUUUUGAUAUGGGAUAUGACUAGCAUAAUUUUCCAAUUAUUUGAUACCACCCUGGUUUGAAUUUUGAUCUGGUUAAGGAAUAUGCAAAAUGCCCUAGUUAAAGUAAUGAGUUUUUUAAACAUCUCUGUGCAGGCUUGUGAAUGGUUUUACUGAGAAGGUGAGCUAUUUUGAUGAUCAUGCUCAGAAGCAUGGGAAGAAAAAGCAUUCCAUUUCAAACCUAGCUGAUGCAAUUGGUUUGCCACGAAUGGUGGUUGACAUCCGUCAUGGUACGAGUCUUUCUCUCCAGUCAUUUUAUGUUUAAAUGCCUGAACAAGUCUUUGAGACUGAUGAUGCCUUUUCCUACAUUCCUAUUUUCCAGAGAGUUCCCACAAUGAUGUGCCUUCACUUCCAUUGGUUCGUCUUGCAAGUAUAAGGGUAAUUUUUUUUUUCCUAUCGUGGUACAUAUGGCCUUCAUCACAUUAUCUUCCCGAGGAGAAAGUAACCUAAUCUGAAAAUAUUUCCCUUAUUGUGGAAGACUGUUAAAUUUCGUUUCUGGCAAGUGGCUGGGCAUGCAUUCAUUGACCAAAGCUGAAUAGUGGAAUGCAAUGUGAAACGUUUUCAUAAAACGUUUUUUAUGAUUUCAUGUCAUCUUCACUGCAUGUUUUUAAUAAGUUUGAGUAAACCCUGUUUUAAUAUCUUUAAAAUUUUGCAUAUAUGUAGUGAUAGAAAUAACCCUUGCUCUCCUUGUUUUUGUUGGCAAUGAUUUCUUUGUAAAUCUUGAGGUGCAGUAUCACAGGUUUGAUUGAGCUCUUGCAACAUUAUCACUCUCUGCUUCUUGUACUUAGAAAUUUAUGACUGUGAUGUUACAUGAUCUGAUAAUUUCAUUACAAUAACCUCCUGUUGAUAAGUCCUUUCUUAUAAGUUGCUCAUCCCCCUUAAGUGAAGUGUAAACCCAUUUUCAAUUAUGUUACAUAUAUUUUGGGAAGUUUUUUCUUUCUUCUCAACUUGGAAUGAUGAGUCUUGCACGUUUGUUGGUAGAUUUGUAGUCCUAACUUGGUAUUGCCACAUGGUUUUGUCGCCAUGGGCAGCAAAAGAGGAAAGGUAUACAAUCUAGCGAUCUGCCAAUGACUUUAAUGCCACUUUGAAUCCAACAUUGAUUCAUUUUCUGGCAAUAAAGUCAAUCGUUAGUGGUUUUUUUCUCAGAUGACCCUAUUUAUUAGGAGAGAAGAAUGUAGAUCAUUGAUUCUUGUAUUCAUAGAGGACGAAAAUAUUAUUUCAAUAAAUUUCAAUGUACUCUAUUCGUGGGAUUGCAAUGCAUACUUUUUGAAUGAUGUGGGCUAUUAGCCUAACUUGUUGAACUCUGUUGAUUAAUAACUGCAUUAUGGAAUAUCAGAUUUCCCUGCAUGGAACGUGCAUUUGGUCUCUUGGCUUUUGGCUAAAACCCUCUUUUCAAAGUGAAUGCCAAUCUUGAUUUUCUGUCCAUUUCUGAACCUUUCAUUUAGUCUAGCUGGAAGAGGUUGAUGUGAUAAGGCCUGCAAGAUUUCAUGAUAUGUAUAAAUGAGAAAUUGGACGUCAAUGCCAUUACAUAUUUCAUGAUAAAAGUUAUUAUGCAAGCAGAGGUGAGAAUGCCAUGUUUCUAUGUCUCUGGUGAAGAUAGUUUUUUAUACGAAACGACUGUGAGCCUAGGGGCUGGGCUACACCUCAGACAAUGUCUUCUUUGAAAACAGAGAUGUUAUUAUUAUUAUUAUUAUUAUUAUUAUUACUGGUGAACUCUUACAUAUUUUCUCAUCUGGAUGAAGAUCUCUACUUUGCCGACAUCAUUCAUAUUAUAUUACUUGUCUGGAUUUUGGUCGCAGGCUCUUGAUUGGCUCAAGUCUCAUUACUGGGAGCCUCAAAGCCGUGCAAUACCUGAUGUUCGGAAGCAAAUCAGAAUGAGACUGCAUCAGAUGAGUUACAGUAUGAAGGCUAAGCAGGCUGAAAACAAAAAUCGUUCACAAAUCAAAGAAAGAGGUACGUGUAAAUAAUCCGAGCAUCUUUGCUAUCGACCUUGACUUCUUCUUCUUCACAUUUAGGUACCAUAACCUCGGCUCCCAGAAAAUGUGAGCUGCAAAUUUCCAGUGGCUUAGUUCAGAAUCAUCUAUACUUUGCUAUACUCUAUUUUGUAUCAAAAUUUUAUUUUAUUUAGUUAUUUUUUGUUCAUACAUAAGGUUUGGUCCUAGGUAAUCUCUAGAUGAUCAAAUCUCAGGAAUCUGGCAUCUGACUUGGGCCUAUAUUAUAUGAGUUGGAUCGAUUGAUAGCAGUUCUCUAACCUCCACCUGCCAUAUAUUCCAUUUACCACGCUAAAUGAACAUCAUAUUUACAUCAACGAUCAACAUUCAAUAUGCUUCGAUGGUGAAUGGUAAACCCUCUAAGACUUCAAAUCUCGUGUUAAACACGCUUCAAAGGGAUUGGGUGCUAAAAGGUCAUGAGCUCAGAGGGAUGACUUACUUUUUUGCUAUCUCUGUAUCGCCUGUCAUACUGUGAUUAUGCCGGACUACUUUUAGCUUGAGGAUAACUACUUUUUAGGAUGUCAUUCUUGAUUAGAAUGGCCUUCCUGGAGGUGGCUUCAUUUUCACCUAGAGUUGACAUGCUGAACUUGAAAACGAUGAUGAUCCUGUGAAACCAGCAGAACUUCGAAUUAUGCUCUUCGAUCUUGUGUCUCCCAUUUUAUGUAUUAAAAUCCGCAGAGCUCAGCGUUUCUUUAAUCUGAUAGGUUCUAUGCGGUGACUCUAACCUGAUAUGUUGGUUUUUUUUGUUCUUGUCCAACCUUGUAGGAGAGAGACUGUCAACUGUGCUCAGGAUGAACAAUAAACUCUCUUCUCAGAUGACCGGGAAACUCUUAUCCUCAAAAAACAAAGGUACCUUUCUUGUUCAUACUGAAUAUUCGUAUAAAUGCAGUAGAUGUUCCUCCUGUUUUUCCUCCCUUUUCCCCCUUUUUUCUGAAACGUGUAUGAAGAAAAUCUGGUCAUUUUGAUCUUUCUUGAUGCUCAAGUUUCCUUUUCGGGUUGUUGGUUGAUAUUUUAAAAUACUUAGGUAGAAAUUCAGGAGAGGAAGAGGUUUCUUCUGCAUGUACAAUCAUCAGGCCUUCCUUCAUCAACCUAGGACAUGGAAGAAAGUAUCCGAUACCACAUAAAAAUCGGGCCACUGUCAGAUCCGAUACCAGCUGAUCCAUAGAAAAAUGGCUCUGAGAAAACCCUAUGCAAAGUUUUUGUUUAAGAUAUUAUUUAAAAGGGCUAUCAUCUAUCAUCGCUAAAAUAGGAGACAUUCAGCUUACCAUUUGUGUCUGCUAUCAGUGUGCUUCUGUGAGGAGAUGACAGUAAUUCGGCAUUAAAAAAAAUAUAAAGUAAAAUUAAUUGCUAGAAAAUCAGAGAUAUAGAAUGGUCGGACAGUCGCCCACUUUCUAAUAGAAACGCAUUCUUAUUUCCUUUGCCAAUCUAUUGAUAUUUUUAUGAAUCUGCUGGGUUUGGCAGAUGGUGAUUGGAAUAUUAUAUUGUUAAAUAAUCUGAAAUAAUAAGGGAUUUCUAACCAAGAGGAAAGUGAGACGUUGUGCUGAUAGAAAUUAUCAGAUGUUCCUUACCGCCGAUCCUUCUGCUUCUUUCAUUUCAGGUCCCUCCACGCAGUUGUCCAAGAUUUCAAAGACCAUUGCUGAACUUUACUCUGUGUACCCUUAUGAAGUCGCCUCUGUGCUGCUGGAGGCACUCCAGUCCCAGGGGUCGGCUCUUUCUGACAGCAUCGCCGUUGACUGUAACUCUCUCAGCAGCCCAGAUCCACGUGUCAGAUGCAUAACUGAAUCAAAGGACAUAAUUCGCAAGUUGUCUAGAAAAAGGCCCGGAUUGCUGCUCACAAUGCUCAAGGAAGUCCUUGGAAUUAUAGAGGCCGAGGAAACCACACGGUCUGAAAAAGGCGAGAUCCUUUUUGUCCUCUUAUUUGGUCAACGUCCCUUCUUUCCUGAAGAUCCUUUUGGAAAUCUUCUGACCUGCGUGUGGGUCUUCUGAUGAAUCUCUUCCUUGCUUCCAGUGACCCAGGAGGAGACUUCCCAAGUCGAACUUCUCUCUCCUCUGGUUCAGUGGCUGUCCUCGACUCUGAAGGAUUUGAGCAGCUCUGGCCACGUCUCUCUCUCUGACGAACAAUGGGCCUUCUCGAGCGGCCAGAAGUCCAUCCCCAAGACCUCGGUGAAGGAGCUCCUCCGCAAGUGCCUGGUUCUCUCAUCCUCCGGGAACAAGCACCUCCUCGACUCAUCCGUCCUUCUCGCCGAGAUGGUCGCAGAUGGCCUGGUCGUCAAGAGAGUGAAGGAGCUUCCGUCACUGGCGGGCUUACAGAAGUUCAAAGCCAGACCAGACAACUGCUCGUCUUCCUCUCCAGACACCGAAAUCUUCUUCGAAGAAGAAUCGAUCAGGCAGGCAUCUGCGAAGAUCGACCUCCUGAAAUCAAAGCGGAAGACAGGUGGCGAUGGACCGGCAAAAGCGGAUGCGGAGACGAAGAAGAGGAGAAGUUGGGCGGUGGCCGAGAGGUGGACUCCCUGUCCAAUCGGCACGCUACCGUGCCCUCUCAGUUCCACCUAUUCCGUUCCUGUUCUCGACGGGCCCGCCGUCGGCCCCCCUGCCACCGUCGCCGCCGCCGCCACCGUGGGAGAUCGAGAAGCCGUAGGGCUUCCGCAUUGCCCGCCGUCUGCCGAGAAGCUGGAGGCCAAGGAAAAUGGCGCGAUGGAGGGCGUAAGGGAGCGCGCCACUUCACCCACGGAAGGUCUGCUGCUGAUCGAUGGCGUCUGGAGAGCAGUCGGGAAGGAGGAGCUGCUCGCCGUCCAGUCCGCCGUUAGGAUCAUGGUGUAG